CGAUGGAAUGCGUGUCUUCCUGUUUUCUCAACUACAAUCACGGACUGCGUACUAUUCGAUGUCUGGCCACCGCAAGGUCUCUGUUGAGUUGCCGCUGUAACUUCUGCUUCUUUUCUCCACCAUGAGACCUCCAGUGCCAGAUGUUGCGCUGCCUCGAUCUCGCAAGGCCUCCAUCGAGCAGCAGUGGAUCGACCCCCGCAGUGCCGCCCCCGCGACCUUCUUUCUGUCCCGCAAUCACGGUCUCGACCACGAUGAUGACCUUUCCUCAGAUGAGCCCGAUGCCUCCAGGACGAGUAUGUAUGGCGUACAGAGCCUUGAAGAAAGUAUCCUCCAAACUAGUCAACCUGCAUCCCUGUCCCAGUCAGACCAGAUAGUCGAUAGUAAUCCCGCCGGAGUGGAACCGAUUUCCACAACAUCUCAAUCUCCCAACCGCGACGAUAAGGACGAUGACGACCAGGGUUCCGGCCUCAACCGCCGCAGGUCAACGCUCAAGCCCCUUGAUACACUUCAUUCCAACAGACUGGACGCCUCUAUUACCUCCGACCUGAUCUCUCCCCGGCCCUUCACCCCCUUGAAUCUCAGCAACCCGGACGACCCUUCAUCUCUCCCUAGCAGUCCCAAAUCUACUUCCAACCAAUCUAUGCGCCACCUAGAUGAAAUCUCUAUCACAGAUGACUUGAGUAGUCAGGCGGUUGCCUCCGGAGACGAAGACAAUGAUUCUCGAUCUGUCCACAACCCAGACCACGAUAGCACAUCUCAAUUCAUCAUGCCAAGCAUCAAGAUGCCUAGUCGGAGACCGUUUACAUCUCGUGGGAAGUCACUUGGAAGGUUUAAAAUACUUGUUGCGGGCGAUUCUGGCUCUGGGAAAUCAUCCCUCAUUAGGUCGAUCGUCCAGGCUUGCGAAGACAUUGUACAUGUAGACGACUUCCCACCCACCGAUGCCUUGACACCGUCACGGACGUCUCUUAUGACAAUUCAACUUUCUCAAGCCCAUCGACUACCGUUGUCAGCUACAUCAGAAAUCUACGCCAGUACCAAGCCCUACCCAUCUUGGUGGUCAGAUUUGGAAGAUUCACGCGUGCUGCGCCGCAGGAGAAGUACAGGUGAUGUGGUCUUAGAACGGAAUAUUUGCUUCGUUGAUACACCUGCAACCUCGCUGAGUCGCAUCGGACAAGUGGAUGCCAUCAUACAGUACAUACGUCAACAACUAUCCCGCGCAACAACAGCUAUUAAUUCCUGCGAUCACGACUUUCAGAAUUUGCUCGCAGGGCAGGGUGGUACCCAAGUUGAUGCUGUACUUUAUCUCGUUUCUGGUGAUACUUUCGCGGCAGACAUGGAAUGCAUCGACACGCUAUGCGAAUGGACCAAUGUCAUUCCUCUAAUAUCCAAGGCUGAUUUGUUGGCUCCUGAGCAGAUUUCUGCAAUUAAGUCGGGGUUCCACAAGCAUACACAAGCCACUCCCGCCAAGCCCUUCCUUUUUGGAAACGCAGGUCUCGGAGCAGAUGAUUUUGACGGACAAUUGCCUUUUGCGGUAUCAUCGGCAAAAACCAGUGAUGACGAUGUUAUGGAUGCCAGUACUUUGAUGAGCCCCGACUAUGUCCAACCCCUGGUGCCCUCUGAAUUGACCUUGCUGGUCCAGAGGUUGUUCGACGCCGAGAAUAUGACUUGGAUGCGGCACUCAGCUGCAAAGAAACUAGCCCAACAGCAACGAGCGCAUCUCUGGCAACGCCCAAAUCGCCCCCAACCUAGUACACAACCAUUCCACCAUGGCUCAAGCCGGGGUUCUCCCAGCUACACUAUGGCUCGUAUAGCAGAUCACACGCGACAGGAGGAGAAAAUGGCCCGUUUGCAGUUGGCAAAGUGGGCAUCUGAGUUGCAGCAAAGCCUUAAAAACGAACGAGAGAGAUACGCUGCCAUGGCAAGGGGUGAGCGUGCCGUCUGGCUCACAGAACGGUUAGGCGAAUGCGUAGUCGACGGGUCUUUGGUCCCCAUUACACAAACGCCAGGCUUUUGCGGACUCCGUGCUCCUUUAGAGAAAGCAAGCGGGGGCAGUCUACUUGUUCGAGCACAAAGUGGGCAGAAUGUGGAGUAUCACCUUGCCCGAAUUCGCCCGCAAGACCCUCUGGGACUUGUUUGGUUGUCCGAGGAUCUUAAGCGGCGGGGCUGGGCCAUUGUUCAGAUUGUGGGCUCCUUUGGAGUUGUCGGGGGGCUGGCUCUUUGGCUUGCCAAAGCAUGGGGGCUAUCCUCGCGCAGUCUGUCUGAAUGGCACUUUGACUGGUGCGGAUCGACUGAUUAAGUGACCCAGCCCUACUUAUUAGGAUGGGCACUUAUACUCGUAUCGCCUCACUCUCCUUUUCUACUCUACAAUCCCCCAUAAUCCUUUCCCCAAUCAUCUACGAGAGCGGCGAGACAUAAGUUCCUGAGGCAACAGGCGUCAACUGGAUUGACUCGCAUGCAAGCAAGCCCCGGCGUUACCACAGACCAUUCCCUACUUUCCACCUUUCCCCCCCACUCUCUCUCUUUCAUCGUUUCCCCGCCCCAUUCAAUCCACCCAUAUUCCUUUCCGGCGCUUUCCCAUUGCAUACAACUUCCCCUCAAGUCACAUUUAAUGAAGAUAUGUGCACAAUGUACUCAUGAACCACAACACAAGUCACCGGGGAGGCUCCUCGCUUGAUCGAAUUUCCUUCUGGUAGCUUAAAUUCAAUCGACUCGUAAUAUGAACG